CGAAUUCCUCGUAUUGAUAAAAUGAAAGAACAAGAAAUUUUUAUUUAAGAACAGUUCGGCUGUGUUGUUGAGUGUGGUUUCAGUUUGAAAUAUACAUUUUUAAUAAAAGUCAUAAUCAAAUGGCUGAAUGAAACGAUCACGAAAAACUAAUUUAGAUUGUAAGAAAAAUGUUGAUAUAAUUAUUGUUGUUUCUCGAAACAACGUUUUGUACAAUGUGAAUAUCCACCAGUAUACCAACAUUAUGGUAACUGGUGUGUGAAUGUGGUACAUCAUUUCUAUUCAUAACAACAUGAUGGACUAGAAAUGGCAGCGAAAACAACUCCCAUACACAGAGAAACUCCGUCAACAAUUCACUGAGAUUAUAUUUGUACUGUGUAUGGAAGAUAAUACAGCGGAAAUGAUCAAAUGAGCGAUUUUUUGUUGUUGUUGUUGUUGUAUUCUCAAAUGUGUAUUUACUGCGUAUUCAGCGAGAUGAGAUCAUCAGAAAUGAUUUUAUAAAUGAGCAUCUAAAGAGCUAUUUAACUGGCUACGUCAUCAUCCAUCAACAACAGAUAAUUAAAAGCAAUUUUCUCGGAAGAAUUCGUUCACGCGGAUCGACUCGAUUAUCACAAACAUUACACCAUUGUCAACUAUCCAAACUAAUCAUGAAGACUAAGUCGCCCAUAGCAAUUCAAUCGAUCCAACAACAGUUUCAAUUCAAUCCAAUUGGAAAAGAUGUCGCCGAUAAUAAGACGACAGACACUUUAAACAUAAAAGAUUGCUCACCACCGACAUAUCCACCUGUACCUAUGCCGGACAAUUUGAACCGAGAAGAAAUUCGUCUGCUAACGUUCAACAGUUGGCCCCACAGUUUCAUCAGUCCCCAGAAACUCGCUCGAUCUGGCUUCUAUUUCGUUGGUCCCGACAAUGACAACGUGAAAUGCUAUUUCUGCAAAGUUGAAAUCGGACGCUGGGAGCAGGACGAUGAUGAAGUGACCGAACAUAUGCGAUGGUCACAAAACUGUCCAUUGUUGAGACGUAGAGACACAAAUAAUGUUCCUAUUGAUGAUGGCGAAUUGGAUCGCCUAUUGCCACCGCCAACAUAUGAUGUUUGCGGACCGUGCGGCAUCGUUGAUGUACGCCAUGGAUCGUAUGCUGAGAGUUCGUUUACAAUACCUCCAAUAAUGGAAACGCCAACACUUAAACAUCCCGAUCAUCCCGAAUAUGCCAUCGAAUCGGCCCGAGUCCGUUCGUUUGAAGACUGGCCGAAAACAAUGAAACAAAAGCCACAAGAUCUCAGCGACGCGGGAUUCUUUUACACGCAAAAAGGUGAUAGAGUGAAGUGUUUCAGUUGUGGCGGUGGUUUACGCGACUGGGACGAAAAUGACGUUCCAUGGGAACAGCAUGCGUUGUGGUUCAGCAAAUGCGAAUAUUUGAAAUUAAUUAAAGGACAAGAAUAUAUUGACGCGAUAUUGGAGAAGAAGAAAUUGCAAGAUGAAAGCGAGAGUGGCACUUCGGACGACGAAGAAAAUCGAUCCAGCGAAACUCAAUUACAGGUGGAAAAAACAAUUGGAAAUUCAAUCGAAUCGACUUCAUCGUCCAGCAGUGAUGCUGAAAGCGGUAGCGGCUACGACGACGGACCAAGUGAAAAGAAAUUGUGCGACUCGAAAUUAUGCAAAAUUUGCUAUACAUGUGAAUAUAAUGUGGCAUUUUUCCCUUGUGGACACGUCGUUGCUUGCGGAAAGUGUGCAUCUUCAGUCACCAAGUGUCCGAUGUGCCGAAAACCAUUCGAUAGUAUCAUGAGAAUAUAUUUCUCGUAGGAUAUGUGAAGUGAAAUCGAUUCCGGUUUAAAUUAAGUAAUUUCUUGUUGAGGCUAUCUUAGAUUAUGGCCGGGAUUUGAUUGAACUGUUUCUGAUUUUUCUUUUACACAAAGGCCGGAUGAAAGUAUCAUUACUGAAAUUAACAAAAUUAAAUUCUCAAUUUUUUGUGAACAAUUUAUCAUUUCAAAAGAAUUUAUAGUUUUUAAGCGAGAGAGAAAUAAAAACAUUGCCGAGCAGAUUGGGCCUAUGGAUUUCUGUUGGUUUUUAACGAAAUACUUUUUUUUGUUCUGUAUUUCCUUAUCCGUCAUAUUGACGUUGUAUAUUUUAUAAUUUGUUUUUCUAAAAAAAAAAAAAGAAAAUUUGAAAACUCAAUGGUCUGGCACCAAGAAAGAAAAAACAAGUCCAACAGAAAGGGCAUCAACGAGUGUCUUGGUUCGGUCCCAGUAAUGAUCUUUCAUCAAUAAAUCCGGUAGUUUGUUGUAUGGAAAGAAAAUAACAAUUCUGCAGUAGACAUACGUUCCACAAAAUCAAUAACAAAUUUUAAAAAUUAUCUGAGUUUCAUAAAAAAUAGAUUAUAAACUUAAAAUAUGGUAGAGAUGUAGAGAUCAAGAAAAAAUCAAUGGAAAAAAAUCAUAAAAAAUUAUUUAUUCUACUUGACUGUGAGUGAUUCAAUAACAAGUAAUUUAUUAAUCGUUAACAUCAUCCCGAUCCGAUAAAAAAAGCGCAUUUUGUUCCGGAAAAUUAAGAAAAUUAAAAAUUUGAUCAGGAUGUUUAACCUAAUCACCUAAAUGACUUUGACGAUAAAAUUGUGCAAGUGAAUUUUAUAUAAAAAUAAAAACAAUUCUUUUUAGAAUUAGAUUGAUUUAACAGUGUAAUCGGUUUUUUUAUUAUUAUUUUCUCUUUUCGAAUAACCCUGACUAGUCAAAACCACUCAUCGCAUACACAUUUUCUUGAUGUUCAUAGUAUCAUGAUGUACCAAACCCUUUCCAUCGAAUUAUGUUUUGUUUUUUUUAUUUCAAAAAGCUGAAACCUAAUUAGUGAUUCAAAAGUGAUUUUAGAAAUUAGCAAACGUUUCAUACCGUGAGCAAAUUCAUGUGAUCUUUUUUUAACAAUAUACAAAACUAUAUCCCCUGUAAAAACCAUCUAUAAAAGCAGUCAAAGCUUUUAAAAAAUUAAACAAAAAAACGAGAAAAAUUUAUAAAUUUAUACAAAAAUCCAAUUUCAAAUUCAUAAAAAAUAAUACAAAAAAAGCAGAAAAAAUAGGUUUAUAUGAGAAUUGAGUGUGGUUGAUAGAAUUAUUAGAUUCCAUUAAACGAAGAAGCGAUUUCGAACGCAAAAAGUUACUUGCACCUCACUAAACAGAGCUUUUUUUCUUGUAGAUUUUCUUUUAUGGAAAAAAUGAAAUUUUGUGAGGAAAAGAGGCUCUGCCACCAAAAUGAUGGAUAACAAAUGAAAUCCCUCUUGAUGUGACACAAGAAGCAUCUGUAAAACAUUAUUGUUUUUCCGAUCACUGAUUCAAUUAAUGGAUAAAGAUACUUGUUUGUUCUUUAAUGUGAAAACUAAGAUAUUUAAGAUUUAUAUAAAUUAGGGCGCUUUAAUUUUUGUUUUUAAAUUUUUUUUUGUGUUUUUUUUUCGAAUGAUAAAAGAAUAAAUAUUAAAAAAGAAAUCAUAACAAAAAGUAAGCUUUAUUUUUGACCUAUCUUUUUGGUAGAGUGUCUUAGAAGCCCUAAGAAAUAAUUAAUUUUUAUAAAAUAAAUGGAAGAAGUCAGUCAAAAUUUGUAUCGUUCUAUAAUUCUAAUUGUAUAAUACAUUGACGGACAUUUAAAAA